GAGGCUUCCGUGUGGAAUGGCUGGGUAUGGAGACGGAGUACCCCCAGCUGGAAGCCAGGACUUUCCCUGAAGCGCGCUACUUGGCUCUUCGAGUUGCUCCGAACGCUCGCCCGGCUUGGCUUUUUGCGGCCAUUGCGCUAGACUGGGAACGCCCCUUUUUGGGACCGCUAGAUGCCUGGUCCUCGGCCGUUCAUGGCAGCCGCCUGGCCCACACCAACGCUCCCCACGAUCGCCCCGAGGGAGGCGGGCUGAAUCUGCUGAAUGAGAGUGGGCUCCGGCAGAAUUCGGGGGACUUUGUGACGACACCGCAUCGGGCGCUGUGGAUUGAAAGGGAGAAGCCUGCGCCGCCUCCGCAAAUCGCUGUCGCCCCACCGCCUCCACCGCAGGGCAGCGUGGAGGCUCUUCGCGCCCGACGGCAGCUUGCAGACAUCGUGCGGAACAAUGCCGAGGUCAUGCUGGCCCUGCAGCUGCGAAAGAACACUGAUGAUCGUGCCAUCGUCAGGGCACUGGCCAAAGUGAGAGAUCUUUUUGAGCUGCUCAGGCAAGCAGGCUGCAGCAUCGUGCAGGCGACUCGGGUCGAGGAGUUGAUGGAGCUGGCCAUUGAGGCUCCUGAUGUGAAGCCCCCAAAGCGGAGUCGAGCUCGCUACUUCUACGGUGCUGCAGGCGUCAUCGUGUUUGUCAUUUUUCUGCUCGUGGCAAUUAUCGUUCUGGAGGUGUCGCAAUCAUCUCAAGGUUGGGAGGUGGGAACAUGCAGCAUGACGCUUUUCCACAACCAGACCUGCUUUCAGGAUCUUAUUGGGUCUGCUUUGCGGUCAGGGGAUAACAUGGUGCUCCUGCAGACCCCUCUGGAGCGGCGUGGUGAUUUCUUCCCGGGCUGGGCCGUUGAACUGAAUGCUUUCGCCCCAGGCGAUGUGGUUUUCCUCGACGCUGGUUCCACUGCUGGACACCACCAUGCGGUCGUAGUCUCUCGUCCGGAGGAGCCUGGUGUGAUUUGCUCUGCCCUGCAGCACGACGAGCUGGUCGUCAGCUUAUCAAGGCGUACCUCCAUGCCGCAGCAGAACCGUAAAGUUGCUCUUCAGAUUGAUGGCCUGCUGGUUCAUGUGCCGUGUCGACGUCUUGUUCGUGUCGUACCCCCACGGCGUGUGCUGGUUGUCCACGACACUUUCAGCUACCGGCGGCUGGCGCGAACUCAAGUGGGACAGGAUGAUGGAGUGGUGGAGUUAGGCUCCUCGCUUGGGGAGUGCACCCACAUCCUGUCUUCUCGUGCUGCCGCGGUGAUCGGCAUCGAUGUCAGUCAAGAACUGGUGGAGGAGAGCAGUCGCCGCUAUCCCGACUGUCGUUUUGAAUGGCUGGACUGCUUCCAAGAGCAAGCACGUUUCGCAGCAUUGUGCAAGGAGCUUCUGGCAGCAGGUAGUGGCAGGCUGAAGAUCUUCGUGGACAUUGGUGGCGACCGGACCACGAGCGACAUUUGCUGCCUGCUGGCUCUUUUGGAGAAGACGCUGAAGACUCUCCAGCCCAAACCGCCGCCCUUGCCCGCCUUGGUGGUGGUGAAGUCCAAGGCCCUGGCCACGGCCGCGGCCGAGGCCGCGGGCGCCGACGGGACCAUCCCGGAGCCAGGGUUGCGGCCCUGGCUCGAAGGUAUCGCCAGGAAGCAGCCGGGGAGCUCCAAGCAGCUGAAGAAGAAGCUGGCGCGGGCUCGCAAGGCGCAGUGGCAGCAGGCGGACGAUACCGCCUGGCAGGCUUUCGAGAAGCAGCGGAUCCAAUGGGACGCCCUCUGCAACGAGGAGCAAGCGCACCUGAAAAGCGAGCUCCGCAAGCUGAAGCAGGAACAUCCCGAGGCAUGGGGUGAGACGCUGAAUACUUUCCUCACAGAGCGGCUGGGAACGAGCAAGAAAAAGGGAUGUGAUGUGCUCUCAUAUGCUCUGAGUGAGAUGGGGAGAUGUCUCGUGGAAGUGGCCGUGCGCAGUGGGACCUUUUUUGGCUCGAAGAACCCAUGGGCUUUGCCCAUCGUCCAUGUCGGAGGUCGUGGAGAAAUUGCCCGGUACCAAGGAGACCCCUUCCGUUGCUGCAACGACAUGGAGGGCUAUGUGGGCAGCUGCUGUGAUCUCGUGGCUGGCGGUGUCAGCGCGCUCACUGCUCAGUCGGCUAUUGCUGUGCUGGUGAUGAUCCUGGUCGUUGGAGUGGUUGUGCGCCUCAUGCAAAUCUUCGAUGUCAGGUGUGACUGUUCCGCUUUGAUGCCGGCGCGCCAAGACGAUGACGCAGACCUGUACGACCCUGAUGACCCAGCAUCUGACUGGGGGCAGGUCGUGCAAGAAGCUGCGCUAGAAGAGGCCCGAAAGAAAAGACAAAGGAACUGCAAAGGUUGGAUCCAGGAGCGGACAGCAUCCCUGCAAGAGAAGUGGCAGCGCAUUUCGAAAUGCAUUCGCCGCGGGAAAAAGAAAGAGCCAGAGACUCCAGCAUCCGGCCGAGGUGAAGCGAAGGUGCGGCGGAUGACCUCCAAGUCGAGCCAGGGCCGUGGUGCUUCGCAGAGUGUCGUCCGCAGCUCCUCCAAGCUGAGCCGCGGGAGCCGCGGCAGCCGCGGGCGCAGCCCGUCUAAGGGCUUUCAAGGUACCGGACGUGCAGAGUCCAAGAGCAGCCGGGGCAGCCGGGGCGUGGACUCUGAUGACAGAUCCGAUGCUCCUUUGGAGGAGGACGAAGACGAGCAGGAGGAGUCGCAGCCUGCGAAGUCCGAGACGCGAAAAGUGUCCGCGACAAUUUCAAAGGAGGUUCCGGAAGUCUUCGAGGAGAAGAGAGCGACGGCGGCUUGUUUCCCGCCUGGUUUUGUUUGGCACGACGGCGCGGACCCCACGCUUGUCGACAACCUCGAGAAAUACCUCAAGUGGGAGGCCACGGGGAAGGAGCUCGGGGAUGUCGAAGAGCGUGACAUUCAUCCAGGCUUCCACGCAGGAAACCUGAGGGGCAUGGCCCGGCUUGCACGGCAGCAGCACCAGUCGCUCCUCCUCCCGAUCGUGGAGCCCAUGACAGGGCGCUCGGCGAAAUCGCACUCCUACUCCGCCGACACCCUCUACUACUCCUGCAGCACAUUGCGGGAGAGCCGGCGCAAGAAGCGAAAGCGCGGGGCCAUGAAGGGCCCAGGAGGGAAGCAGGCCGCCCGGGCCCUGGCAGGCUGA